UCAAAUGGGUAUGGGCAAUGGGCAUUGAGGGCAUGUUUAUACCAUUAUAAAUUCGGCUAAAUAAAUUAUAAAAUUUUAAUUUACGUCCCAUUGUCGCAAAAGCUGAUUUGAUCUGUAUUGUAAAAGGUAUUUUUAGUUCAUUGCCCACAAGAUUGAAAUGAAUAGUAAAUACCAUGCAAUUUAAAAAUACUCAUAAAAGGCAAAAAAAGAUUAUCAAUCUUAAAUUAAUUUAAAUUAAGUGUAAGGUAGGCGUUGGUCAAAUAAUAUUUAUAGCCAAUAUCAAGAACGCACGCAAUGUCAUCUGGAAAAAAAUGUAAGCAUUGUGGGUCAUCCGAAAUCGAAGUUGACCCUGCAAGAGGAGAUGCUGUGUGUACAAAUUGUGGAUCAGUCCUCGAAGAUAGUAUUAUUGUAGCUGAUAUUGAGUUUCAAGAGACUGCACAUGGUGGAGCCUCUGUUAUUGGCCAGUUUGUGUCGGCUGAAUCAAAGGGAGGCGCAUCAGGAUUUGGAAGAGCAUUCAAUUCAGGUAUUGGCCAAGAAUCUAGAGAGGUCACGUUACGGAAAGCAAGAGAUGGAAUCACAGCAUUGUGCCAACAGCUACGUUUAAAUCAGCAAUGUAUUGAUAUUGCAUGUAAUUUUUUUAAGUUGGCACUUAUGCGUCACCUGACAAUUGGACGACCAUCAGCACUAACACAGGCUGCAUGUGUUUAUAUGAUGUGCAGAACAGAAGGGACUGCUCAUCUAUUAAUUGAUAUUAGUGAUGCACUGCAGAUAUGUUGUUAUCAACUGGGUCGCACAUACUUCAAACUCUCGAAGACUCUCUGCAUCAACAUUCCACCAACUGAUCCAUGCAUUUACAUCCUCCGAUUCGCAUCUCAACUGCAGUUCGAAGACAAACAGCACGAGGUGAGUAUGACAGCACUUCGGCUUGUGCAGAGGAUGAAGAGGGAUUCAAUACAUUCCGGACGUCGGCCUUCAGGUGUCUGCGGAGCUGCACUCCUCAUAGCAGCAAGACUUCACAAUUUUUCGCGAACGCCCUCUGAUGUUGUGCGAAUAGUGAGAGUCCAUGAGAGUACACUGCGCAAGCGGCUUCUUGAGUUUGGUGAUACUCCAUCCAGUGCGUUGACACUUGACGAAUUCAUGACAGUUGACCUCGAAGAGGAGCAGGACCCACCAAUUUUCAAAGAAGCUAGGAAACGGGAUAAAGAACGACUGCAAAAGUUAAUGGAAGAAGAAGACGGGGAGAGAGAACUUUCAGAGCUCCAGAAGGAGAUUGAAGAACAAUUAGAGAAAGAUAACGCGAAGAAGAAAAAGUUAGCAACGCCAAGCUCAGUCAGAAGUGGGGGUCCAGAAGAAUCUAUCAACGAAGAAGAUGAAGCGACUCGGUUCGCAGAAGAAAGGACUAUCAGUCUUAUUGGAGAGUUGGCGAAGACCGUCACAAAAGACACAGAAGAAAACUGCGCAGAAGUGGAAGAAGAGAAAGAAUUAGGUCCAGAAAAGGCAGUGAUUGGUAUAUCCCACAGUAAUGAGAAAACAGACACAUUUUUGAAGCCAGAACCGAAAACACAAUUACCAAAUAAUCUGACGAAUGCAGAUGAACUGGUUCUUGGAGAUGAAGAUGAGGCGUAUAUUGAUUCCCUCAUCAUGACACCUGAUGAAGCGAGGUAUAAGACGAAGAUGUGGAAGUCUAUAAAUGCCGGUUAUCUUCGGGACCAAAAGAUAAAAGAAGAACUCCGCGCAAAAGAAAAAGAAGAAGGGAAAGAUAGAAAGAAGAAGGUGCGUGGCUCGUACAGGAAGAAAGUGAAUUGUAAUGCCGCUACCGCUGGAGAGGCGAUUGGGAAGAUGUUGGCAGAGAAGAAGAUGAGUUUGAAGAUUAAUUAUGAUAUACUCAAAAGUUUGGAUCAGCCUGGUGUCUCUAUACCUGUGACUUCCAGUGAACCCGUUGUGGAAAGUCCAAAGGACGAGCUGGUGGAGAGUAAGACACCAGGUCCACCCCCAUCUAAGAAGAAAAAGAAGAAAGCAGCCCCACCAUCAGAUACCGAAUCGAACCCACCCACUCCAGCUCCGCAAACACCAGUUCCCAGCACGCCCAUACAGAAGGAUAUAGAAGCUGAUGAUUACGAAGAAGAAUUAGAUACAACAGAAAAUGAUACAGAACUAUCUUUAGCCAGCAUGUUGCAGAACCAGCAAGAAGAUGAUUAUUAUGAUUAUGAAGAAUAUUAAUGUAUGAUCUUCUAUUGUACGUAUAUAGUUAUCGUUUAAGUAGUUUGAGCAAUGGUCAUAACUCCGGCAACAAAAAUUGUUAAUGGCUACUAAUGUUCUUAAAGUAAUCUAAACGGUUGGGUUUGGGUUACUGAUACUCUAAUAUAGUUGAGUUCCUAUAUAAUAGUCGCAGGCAACUAUCUUAAUUAGCCGUUUAAUUAACAGCCUAGCCGUUUACCGUUUGUCGAUGACGUUUCAUUACUUGUCUAGGAUGUUGACUGUUAAUUUAAAUUUAGUUCCACUUCUGUCACUGUCAAAUUCGAAACGAAACUAUUCACACUGUCAAUAUGGCGUCGGCCAACCACAAUUUUGAUGGUGUUUUUCAAAGUUUCAUGAAAAACAACAAGUACAAUGGAAGAGUGUAGUGACAAAAAAAAUUACUUUAUUUGACUCAAAACAAACAUUAGAUUCUAUGAACAGUAUUAACUGUGGUUAACACUUCUAUGAGCACUAGCGUUUAAACUAGGCUUAGCCUGUAUCUUAAACACUAGUUUAGUCCAUUAAGAAAUUGGUUAAACUGUUUGCCAUUAGACGUUUAUUGAUUAUUAUUGUUUAUUGAACCAAAUGGAGGUAGAAUCAAAUUUAAAUUGUUGCAAUUUGUUAGACUGGAGUAAGUAUAAACUUCGAUAAAGAUUUUUAUAAUGACUAUCGUACGAAUGGCCUAAGCAUACUAUGGCUAAUGCCAGCAUUUAUUGAAUGUUAUAACAAACGCUGCUGCGGAAUAUCUUAGGGUAGCGUUUUUAGUUAAAAAUUAGCUUUUUUAGUUAAAAGGCUAGGCAUUUUAUUGAACUCCUAAUUAAGGUGUGUCAUUAUAAUGUAAAAAUGUAAUACAUGUAACAGUCGCUAUAUAUAAUCAAAACAAUAUAAAGUCAAAAUCUGUUAUAACGACAACGUAGGGACGACUCACAUUUGGUCGUAAAAACCGAUAACAGCUGAUGUUGUUAUUAAGUAUAGCUAAUAACAACACAGGAAUUUAUCCGGGACCUUUGACUUAGGUCAAUAUAACGUGUAUUUUGUUCUGAACUACGUCGUUGUAAAUGGUUUUGACUGACUGUAUAUUAUUAUUUAUCUUCAGCGACUGUCAUAUAUACGGCUUCAAUCAUAUUAAGCGGGUACAAAUAUAUAACUGUCUAAUGGAAAAUAAAAAAUACAGUGAGAUAAGUUUGUGGUUUUGUUUUAAACAGGUUUAUUUGAAUGUACCUAAUUUUAUUAUAUUUAUUUUAGUUCAAUUACUUAUAAUUUUUAAGUUGUUUUUUUAAGGAAACCAUUCGGUAUUUGUUAGAAUGUGAUGCUUUUAAUCUAUGAAAAUCAAUAUAGUGAAAUAAAUAAAGUAAAUCUUAAAUUAUCUUUCCCUAUGUAUUGUAAGAAAUAAUGUUACUCUGCGUGGAAUAAUCAUUUAAAUUAAAAUGUUAUAUACUCUGUAUCAAGAUGUAUAGAUAUACGCCCAAACCCAAUAAACUUAACCCAAAUUCUGAUUGCAUUCUUUCCAUCGCCAAAAAAAGAUCUUCGUAGACUGACUGAUCUUGGAUUGCUUUUAAUGUGAGAUUGUGGAUUAAUUAUUGGGUUCGGGCGAUAGAGCAAUAAAUUUGCAUCAACUAAAGCAAUGCGUCUGUCACAUUCCAUUCUCGUGAUAACAAUAUGGACGUCACACACAUGUGUUUUGCUCAUUGUAUGUUGUAAAUGAUAUUGAAAGUGUGAAUUAUACAACUUUGUAUUUCCCGCUGAAACUGUCCCUCCGUAUUUAUUGAACAGCUGAAAAUCAUCAGUCUCUUCUCUAUGUUUAAGAUGCUUUUAUACAUAAAUAAACGUUUUGAAAUAUG